AUGGGCACUGAAACGGCUCCAAUGAUCAUCUUGUCAAUUGUUGCGAUGAUUCUUUUUGUAGUGUGCACAUCGUUCAGGCGCGAUCCAUCUAAAGCGAAACCUUGGGAGUUGUUGGUUGGCUGUCUGGUUCCACUGCUGGCUCUUAUCUCCACAACAGGCCUGUUGUCUUGGACCGGCUGGAAAUUUCAGUCGAUAAUCGUUGCCGCAUUCUUCUUGGUGAUCUCCGUCGGUGUUGAUGACGUCUUCAUAAUUCUCCGCGCCUGGGAUCAAACGAAUUCCGAAGAGGAGGUGCCGGAACGAAUGGCUCAAACACUUGUGGAUGCCGGACCAAGUAUUCUUAUCAGUUCGAUCACGAAUGCGAUGGCGUUCCUCAUAGGGAUGACAUCUCAAACGCCUGCAGUACGAUCGUUCUCGAUGUACUCGGCUAUCGCUAUCUGUAUUUGCUUCUUCUACCAGCUGAUCAUGUUCAGUGCUGUGUUGUCUGCCAGCGGAUACCGCGAACGGAGUGGUCUGCAAAGUUUUUUCUGUUGGAGAAAAGCAAACCCUAAGGUAAAUUAA